UCUGUUUGUUUUUUUCAGUUCAUUCAGCGUUAAAUCCAUUUUUCCCUAAGCGGCCAGUAUUCACGACGCAAUUCCUUUUCAAUUCUCACCUAAAUAAAGAAAUCUCGGGUUGGAAUUUUUUCUCUUCUUUUUCCUCAUUUCAGCUCUCCCUCUCUACUGCUUCAAUCGGUCAAAUCUGAGUCUCCCCAGGGUGAGACAAAAUUGGGCAAAGACUUUUGUUCAAUUGAUUCAAGUUUGUGGAGUUUGAACUUUGAAUGACCUUUCAAUAUGUUGAAUGAUUGCCAUUCAAAUGAUGUAAAGGCCAAUACCAGCGCCCAUCAGAACAAUGAACUCGACCUUGAGAAGCAGAGAGUGGCUCAGCCAUCAUCAGCAUUGGAGCUAUCUACCAGUGAUGCUGAUGCUAAUACACCUACUCCUCCAUUGACAAUUGUUGUUUCUACUAGCUCUCAAGAGGCAUUGUUGCCUAAAAAGGAGCUGUUGUCUGCCACUUCUAGCUCUGAUGAGCAGUGCAGAAUUUGUCAGCAAGACAAGGAAGAAGUCUUGAUAGAACUUGGAUGUCAUUGUCGAGGUGGUCUCGCAAACGCUCAUCGGACUUGCAUAGAUACUUGGUUUCAUACUAAAGGAUCUAACAGAUGUGAGAUAUGCCAGGUCGUAGCGGAGAACGUAGCACCUCCACAAUCACAUCAUGGUGUAGACCAACUACUGGAUGUGGAGGAUCGAUCCGACCUACAGAAAUCAAGAACCCCAAAGGCAGCACUGCUUCAGUCCACUUUGGCUGGCUUUUACCAUCCUCAUAGGGGGUCUGUUACUGGACAUUCUUAUAUCCAUCACCCUCGGUGUUUCUGCGUUGCCCGUAAAUAUCAUCAUCGGAGUUAUUGUGGUGCUUGGACUUGGAACUGUGUUUCGACUUGCUGUGGAGUUCGUUCAGGAGUGGAAUUCAACGAGAGUAUCGCAAAGGGUGGAAUCAAAUGUCACCAUUGGGUACUUUCCAGCUAUAUAGUCUGUGACUGUUUGUUUCAAUAUGAAAAAUAAAACCAUUAAUAAAUAAUGUCAAAAUAUAUCUUAGUUUUGUCUUUUUUUAAUCUAACACAUAUUAGUUAAAGAUAUUGUGUUGAUAAUAAAUUGGUAAGUCAAAUUGACGUUUUUCGGUA